AUGGAUCCAUCAUUUUAUUACAAGUACAAUGUUGAUGAAGACAACCGUCUAGCAAACCUGUUUUGGGCAGAUUCUACUAGUAAAUUGGAUUACAGUUGUUUUGGAGAUGUGUUAGCAUUUGAUACAACUUAUCGGACUAAUGCUUAUAAAAAACCGUUGGUCAUACUAGUUGGCAUUAACCAUCACCAUCAAACUAUAGUGUUUGGAUGUGCAUUAUUGGUAGAUGAGAGUGUUAGCACUUAUACUUGGGUCUUGGAGACUUUUUUGGAUGCAAUGAAUAACAAGAAGCCUCUUUCUGUUAUUACUGAUGGGGAUAAAGCAAUGCGUAAAGCCAUUAAGAGGAUAUUUCCAGACUCUUGUCAUCGAUUAUGUGCUUGGCAUAUUCAACGCAAUGCAUUCACUAAUGUCCAUGUCAAAGAUUUUACUAAUCAUUUUUCUAAGUGCAUGUUCAUGGAAGGCACCGUUGAAGAAUUUGAAUGUGCAUGGAAUGACAUGUUGGAAAUGUUUAAUCUUCAUGGACAUAAGUGGGUGACAGAUAUAUAUGCUAAGCGUUCUAGAUGGGCAGAGGCUUAUUUAAGGGGGCAUUUCUUUGCUGGUAUGAAAAGCACACAAAGGUGUGAGAGCAUGAAUGCAUACUUGAAUCGUUUCCUUAAAACUCGUUUGAAGCUGUUUGAGUUUGUCAAGCAUUUUGAUAGAGCACUCUCACGUAUUCGUCAUAAUGAGGCAAAGGCAGAGUUUGAGACACACCAUUCUUCAGCUGUUCUAACAACCAAACUCUAUGCACUUGAGAAAUAUGCAGGGACUGUUUUCACAAGGCAAUCUUUUCUAAAAUUUAGGGAUGAGAUGAAGAAUGCAGAAUUGUUUUUCCCUGUCAGUACAGAAAAUCAUGGAGGUUAUCGUGUCCAUACAUUGACCAAGUUUAGAAGCCCUGACAAGAUUUGGAAAGUAUGUUAUGGUAAUAGUGAUCGGUCUAUGAAAUGUACUUGUAUGAUGUUUGAGUCAGUUGGUUUUCCAUGUCCCCACAUGAUUGUUGUAAUGAAGAUAGAACACCUUGAAGAAAUACCUGAGACUUGUAUUAUGAAAAGGUGGUCUAAGUUAGCAAAGGAAACGGUCCAAGUUCAUCAUGACAAUGAAAGUCAAGGUGAUGCGACUAACAUCAUACGAUAUGGUGCACUCAGCUCUAUGUGCUCACGGAUGUCUUAUUUGCAUCUCAAUCGGAAAAAGCUUUUAAAGAGGCUAGAUGUGAAAUACAAAGACUCACUUGUCAAAUGGAAGAACUUUGUAAAAAUUCAGGGAAGAAAGUGA